CUUGUUUGGCUGACGGAACAAAGUUACCUCCAGUUAUUAUUUUUAAACUCAAAAAAAUUCCCUAUGAAGAAUUUUCUGAAGGUGUAGUAAUUCGUGCAAAUUCACAAGGAUGGAUGAACAAAGAAGAAAUGAUAUGGUGGAUCGAAAAUAUUUGGUCAAAACGUUCACAAAGAGGUAGCAAUCUAAGGUCUCUCUUGGUAUUAGAUUCAUUUUCCGCUCACAAAACUGAAGUU